AUUGUUAUCUAUAUUUCAAUUAAGAUAUAUGUCUCUUCUCUAUAUAUAUAACUUAGUCUUAGGUCUAAUUAUUUACUAGAGAAUUUUUAAAAAUUGUGAAUGAUAUACAGUACACCCUGCUAAGUGAUGGGGGAUACAAAGUGUAAGCUAGUUGUAGGCUUCCAGGAAUUUAUAAUCUGUUUAAAUAGAUAAUGAAAAAAAUAACUGUAACAGUGCGGUGUGUAGGUAUCAUAUGAUGGGUGUGGUAAUUUAUAUGAGUAGCUGUUUCUGUACCUUUGUAUAGUCCUUUGUGAGGCUGUGUAUAUCAUGUGUGUAUCUUUGCUACAGAACAGCUCUCUCCACUUUUAAAUGAUGAGGCUGUUGUUCCAGUAGCCCUGCCAAAAAUGCCCAGACCAAGCCCAAAGAGAAGUGAGGGAGUUUAUUCUCUCUCCUCCCCCAACCCUCAGCACAUUUCAGGGGGGAAGUUAGGGUUGCUCUGCCAACUUGACCCUGUUUGCCAGCCAGCUUCCAAGGUUCAAGCCAAAGUCUUUAACUUCAUGUUACUACAGAAGUUAUGGAUGUAAAGUAUGGCCUUAAGUUUGUUUGGGGAUAUUACCAAAAACAGAUGGAGCCAAAAUUAUUGAUGCCAGUUGAUUUUCAGAAUCCCUCCUGAGUUCCUACAUAACAUCCCCACUUGGGGGAGCACAGAGAUGGUUCUGAAGGUUUGUUUGUCUAAUCUGAGACUGUCUUGGGAAAUGAAACUUGGAAAUCCAGCAUCCCCUUUGACUCACAGGGUCCUGAGAGGACUCAAGUCUCCAGUUUUAUACAUUAACAUUCCUCAUCUACUCCUCAGUUAUUCAGGCUUUGGCUGUCUUACUGACAACUAUGAGGAUCUCCCCAGACAUGGCCCUCUGUCAGUGGUUACUUCAGAUAGCUCCCCUGCUCUGGAAAAUGAGCAUCCUCAAGAGACCCCAGAAUCGAAUAAUAGCGUAUAUACUUCCUUCAUGAAGUCUCAUCGCUGCUAUGACCUGAUUCCCACAAGCUCCAAAUUGGUUGUAUUUGAUACUUCCCUGCAGGUGAAGAAAGCUUUCUUUGCUUUGGUAACUAAUGGUGUACGUGCUGCCCCAUUGUGGGAUAGUAAGAAGCAAAGUUUUGUGGGUAUGCUGACUAUCACAGAUUUCAUCAAUAUCUUACAUCGCUACUAUAAGUCAGCCUUGGUAAGGAACCUUAGCCCAAACACUAAAACCACUUUUCUUGCCCAGAGUUUCUCAUUCUCAUGUAUUUUCCUGCAUGCAAGCCAUGAAAUAAAGAGGAAGAUGAUCAAGUUCUUUUGCUUCUGCUUCCAGGUACAGAUCUAUGAGCUAGAAGAACACAAAAUAGAAACCUGGAGAGAGGUGUACCUACAGGACUCCUUUAAGCCACUUGUCUGUAUUUCUCCAAAUGCUAGCUUGUUUGAUGCUGUCUCUUCAUUAAUUCAAAACAAGAUCCAUAGGCUGCCAGUUAUUGACCCAGAAUCAGGCAAUACCUUGUACAUUCUUACUCACAAGCGCAUCCUGAAGUUCCUCAAGUUGUUUAUCACUGAGUUCCCCAAGCCAGAGUUCAUGUCUAAGUCUUUGGAAGAGUUGCAGAUUGGCACCUAUGCCAAUAUUGCUAUGGUCCGUACUACCACCCCCGUAUAUGUGGCUCUGGGCAUCUUUGUACAGCAUCGAGUCUCAGCCCUGCCUGUGGUGGAUGAGAAAGGGCGUGUGGUGGACAUCUACUCCAAGUUUGAUGUUAUCAAUCUGGCAGCAGAAAAGACCUACAACAACCUGGAUGUGUCUGUGACCAAAGCUCUACAACAUCGAUCACACUAUUUUGAGGGUGUUCUCAAGUGCUACCUGCAUGAAACUCUAGAGACCAUCAUCAACAGGCUGGUGGAAGCAGAGGUUCACCGACUUGUAGUAGUGGAUGAGAAUGAUGUGGUCAAGGGAAUUGUAUCACUAUCUGACAUCCUGCAGGCCCUGGUGCUCACAGGUGGAGAGAAGAAGCCCUGAGCAGGAGGAAGGAGUUGGGCAGCAUCAGGGGAUAUGCUUCACUUGCUGCCUAAUGAAAGCUGUAGGAAUCAGAUGAAACCUUAGGAGAACUGACUGUUCCCUACUCAGAGUCCCCUGCCCUCUCUCUGAAAGCUAGAGGAGGCAUGAGGAGAAGGAGGAAGGAUUUUAGCUGCCCUUACCCUCACAUGUAUACUUGAGAAAAUCUUUCAGCCUAGCCAAUCCCAGCUCCUGUCUUAGACAUAGCCCCUUUUUGGGUAUAAUAUGGGCUCUGUGCUCCUCAGGCAAAUACUGAUCUCUGAGAGAUCCCUAGACCUCACCCUUCCUUUGCCUCUGUCUCUGCUCUGACUCUAUCCUAAGAUAAUAGCACAACCAAACUCUUCAUAUUUUUAUUCUUCCUAGUUCAUGCUGUAUGUAGGAGGCUGAGUCCAUUUAGUGUCAUUUCUUCCAGUGAUCUGAGUGGGGAGGAUUGUGGGGAGGAAGGCUUUUGGUUCUUGUGCUGUAAGCAUAUGAAGGAAGAUGGUUAAGUGGUGGAGGAGGUCAGAGUGGAUAGCAAAGGUUAUUGCUUUUCAUGGCAAAGCUGAUUAAAUGACAACAAUCUCAUCA